AUGUCUGAAUCUUGUCCGCUUCCUUCCGUUAACACUUCUAAGGUUAAACAAGACAACAAGCCUAAGCCAUGUUGCGUUUGUAAGGUUGAAAAGGAAGAGAGGGACAAAUGCCUAUUAUUUAACUCUCAGGAGUCAGGAAAGUGUGAGGAUUUGAUAUCCAGCUAUAAAUCUUGUAUGAAAGGUUACGGCUUUACUAUCUAA